UUGACCGGCAGAGAGUCAAGGUCGGGUGGAGCUUGAAAGAACCAGAGAGAGCUCGGAUUCGAGGAUCCAGGAGAGUCUUUGGAACCCUGCCGCCCGUUACCGUCGUCACCCCAUCAUCCGCCGUGUCUUCCGCCGUCGCCGUCGCCUUGUCGGAUCUACACGCCCUGCUCCGCUUGAAUUUCCGAUCACUUUCUCCUAGGUACGCUUCUGAAAGGGUAGAUCCCCAUUUUUCUGUUCUUAAUUUCAUUCCUUAUCUGGGGAUUUUGAAUUCAUCAAGCCAUGAAUUCCAAUUUCGGAAAGAAUUUCGAGUUCGAUUUGGGUCUCGGAUCCUCUCCCUCCAAAUCGCUCAACGAUCAGAAGAACAAAUCCCCAUCGUAUUCUUCAUAUGCUUCCUCCGGUCCUUCAUAUUCGUCGACGCAGACCAGGCCGGCCUGGCAGCAGCCCAGCAGAUCCUCGUGGACGCAUCAGGCGGCGCGGCCCACCUUGUCCAAUGCACCCUCUUCAAUGGUCGGCGAUAUAUUUGGGAAGAGCUGGGGUUCCACGCCGAAUUCUGGCUCCACUGCGGGCAUUGGAAUUGCGGAAAAGAAUCCGAAUCUGUUCGGCGAUUUGGUCAGUUCCGCCUUGGGAUCAGGUAAGAGUAACACGAAUUCUCCAUUGAAAAAUGCGACUCCGGCAUCGGCAUCGGCAUCGUCAGCUGCUGCAUUGAAUAGGAAUUCGUUUUCGAUGGGAAACAUGACCGAUUCGUUGCCAAGAGCCACUAGUAAUCCGAGUAAAAGUACUGGAAAUUGGAGUUUUGAGAAUCUUAGCAGUUAUAAUAGUGGGCAUACUAAUCAGAGUAAUACCACCAAUAUCAAGGCUCCAAAUCUCGGAGGUCGGAGCAUGAGUUCUACCACCGGUAGUGGUAAGACGAGCUCUAGCAAGGAUCCCUUUGGUUCUUUAGUUGACUUUGGAUCUAAAUCAUCCGGAAAGCUGAAUUCAACAAGUAGCAGUCAAAAGAUCAAUUCAAGCGAGGACUCAUUUGGAGAUUUCCAGAAUGCUUCAAAUCCAAGCACUAGAACAUUUCCUUCGAGUGGAUCGAGUGGGAGUGGUGUUGGUUUCAAUGGAUCUAGUUUUAAUUCUGGCUUAAACAUGGGUGAUUUCGGAAUGCCCCCAAUGAAUUUUGGUCCCAAGGUUCAAGAGACUGUUCAAACCACUGCCAGUGAUCCGCUCGAUGUGCUGUUUAGCUCAUCCAAAGCCCCAGUUGGAGGUGCUGCAAUGGCGUCUGGAGCAACUGGAGUGCCACAAUCCAUGGAUGCCGAUGAUUGGGGAAUGGAUUCGGAGUUUGGGGGUGGUGGUCAUGAUGUGGGCGGCUCAACAACUGAGAUUGAAGGACUUCCAACUCCUCCUGCAGGGGUGACAUCUUCUUUGGCGAAUAACAAGGGAGUCGAUUUCUAUAAGCAGGGACAAUAUGCUGAUGCUAUUAAGUGGCUUUCUUGGGCUGUAAUUCUUUUUGAGAAAGCUGGUGAUAGUGCUGCCAUAGUUGAAGUUUUGUCGACACGAGCUUCAUGUUACAAAGAAGUUGGGGAAUAUAAGAAAGCAGUGGUUGAUUGUACAAAGGUAUUGGAUCAGGAUGAUGCAAAUGUAACCGUUCUCGUUCAACGUGCACUUCUGUACGAGAGUAUGGAGAAGUACAGACUUGGAGCAGAAGACCUGAGGGCUGUCCUGAAGAUCGAUCCGGGUAACAGAGUUGCAAGAAGCACAAUUCACCGGUUGACUAAGUUGGCAGACUAAAGGUUCUUAUUACAAUUUUGGCUGUUGUAGUUUCUUCAAUAUAGGAUUACACUGGUUCCCCUCAUGCUAUCUAAAUUUGCUGGGAAUGACUACAUUUUUCAAUUACAUGGAAUUGGUUUUGUAAGUGUCUGCCCCCUAUUGAUGGUUUUAAAAAUGCAUUAUUUACUUGUAUUGUUUGUGACAAAAAAAAAAGACAAAAAAGGAAACCUGCUCUCAUUGAUUGUUCUUGCAUGAUUGCCCUGGAAAUUCAUAAUAUUCAAUUUGUUUUCAGGUC